UUAAAUAGCUGUCGUAGUACCCCCUGUCAGAAUGGUGGCACAUGUGCAAAUAAUGGGGCAAAUGCUUACACUUGUUCCUGCGUGACAGGCUACACUGGCACAAACUGUCAAACAGAUGCUAAUGAAUGUCGCAGAAGUGCACCUUGUAAAAAUGGAGCAACAUGUGCUGCCACAGGAGUAAGCACAUAUAAAUGCACUUGUACUUCCGGUUAUACAGGAACCAAUUGCGAUCAAGAUAUCAACGAAUGCCAAUCAACCCCAUGUCAGAAUGGUGGUAGCUGUACAGAUAACGUUAAUAACUAUGCAUGUAGCUGUGCUACCGGAUAUACUGGCACUAACUGCCAAAUAAAUUUAAAUAGCUGUCGCAGCUCUCCUUGCAAAUACAACAGCACUUGCAUCAAUAAUGGGGCUAAUUCUUUCAUAUGUAAUUGUGCAGCUGGAUAUACUGGCAUAACUUGUGAACAAAACCUAAAUUCUUGCAGAAGCAACCCUUGUAGUAACGGCGCCACAUGCAAUAAUAAUGGAGUUAAUAAUUAUACUUGCAGUUGUGUUCCAGGAUAUACUAGAAAUAAUUGCGAAACAGAAAUCAAUGAAUGUUCCUCCAAUCCAUGCUUAAAUAAUGCUACUUGUAAUGACAUGAUUAACCAUUAUAACUGUUCUUGCACUACGGGUUGGACAGGAAAAACCUGCGAUACUGAUCAUAAUCGAUGCAGGAUAACACCAUGCCAAAACAGUGGUACGUGUAUCAAUGUUGGUGCAAAUCAAUACAGAUGCAAUUGCGGUUCCGGCUUUAACGGUACCAAUUGUGAAAAUGACAUUAAUGAAUGCAGUUCCUCUCCUUGUCAAAAUAGUGCUACAUGCGCUGAUGCAAUUAACGGUUAUAAUUGUCAGUGUGUUGCUGGCUACACGGGAACACAUUGUGAGCAAGAUAUUGAUGAAUGUCUAUCAAUGCCAUGCCAAAACGAUGGAGAAUGUGUCAAUCAAAUUAACAAAUAUUCCUGUAACUGCAUCGCUGGAUUUACUGGAACUGACUGUCAAACUAAUAUUAAUGAAUGCAUAAGCAGUCCAUGUCAAAAUGGUGGAACAUGCCAAGAUUUAAUCAAUGGCUAUAAUUGUACUUGCGUACCUGGUUAUGCAGGAAAUGAAUGU